UGCGACCAGUCCUCUCCCGGGAUGCUGAGGGGCAGCUCGCUACCCGGCAGGUGCACGGUCCCAAGGGUGGACAGCUGAUGCCCCGACCGCCCUCCUGCGCCCACACGGCCUCUCUGUUUCUCACCCUCAGUACCGCAUCCAGUCACUCACCGCAGACGGUGGCUGCUUUAUUAUACAAUCAGCUUUGUAGCCAAGGCUUUUGCCCGGUGUCGGCUCAUGAAGUGUUCUGAGCGCGCAUAUCGCAGGCCGGGCUAAGCUCGGUGUUUGGGAGGCUGCUGUGUUCAGUGCAUUUUCCAGUCCACAUUACUUUUAGCCAUGGCGGUUCAUCUGGACACAGCCCCGGUGUCAGUCAAGGGAGGUCUGUGCUGGUUAGUUUGACACAAAUGGCCUACGGUGCCCUGCGUCUGAACAUUUUGAGAACAACCAGCAGAACAGUGCUAAGUGCUGUCAGCGGGAGGAUGCAGGCUGCUUCGGAUCGGGGAGACUAUGCCGACAGAAACUCCCAGGGACCUUCUGUGACAAUUGUGAGCUUCCAGGGCAGCAGUGGCCCGGGCCCCUGUUGCCGAAGGAUGUCUGCAGCUGGGAACGUGAGCGGUGACUUCUGUUGGCUUCUCCUGUGCACCUGUCCCACAGAGGGCUCCUGCCGCCUGAGCGCACAGACCCCCUCCUGCCCCUCAGGACAGUGGCGCUCUGCAGAGGACAUGGCCCCAGAGCGGCUUCCAGGGACUGAUGUCACGACGGCCACUGUUGUGAUGGGGGUCCCCAUCUGGGUAGCUGCGUGCCCGCAUUCCAGCACUCCGACCGCACCUUCUCCCACCUUACCCGGAAGCUCCCUCGGCCACAAUGGCUCAGCAUGCUGGCCUCGUCCCAAGCAGCUCUGUCCCCCUGCUCAGUGUCACCCUGGAGCCGUCUCCAUGCACGUUCCUGCUGAUGCGGUGGACCCCGCUGUCUGUGGCUUCCCAGACACGGAUGCUCGGGCGCCGCCCUGUUUGGGGUUCGGGGUGCAGGUGGCUUCCCAAGCAGCUCUGCAUCUGAGAGUGGAUUUCGGAGACGGCUCUGGGGUUCAAGUGACGGUCUGCAAUGUGUCUGGGGGAAUGGUGGUCACUGCCUACCACCAAUUUGGAAAAGGAGGAGUCCAUGUGCUCCGGGCAUUUAUCUACGAGUUCUGUGGAACUGAAAAGGAGCUGGGGCCUUACUUUGUGGAGGUCGGCCCUGCGGCCGUGUCCGUGUUCAUGAAUUCCAGCAGCAUCCACAAGGACGAACUUCUCCUCUUUGCCAGCCCUGGCAUGGGUCAGGAAGGCUCCGUUGUCUCGCAUCGAUUUCCAGCCGGUCCCUCGAGCAACGUGACCUUCACAUCUCAGAGCCCAGCGGGGGGCGGCCGGGCGUGGGGCCGCAUGACCGUCCGGUAUCACAUGCAGCCCGUCUCUGUCUACACAAACGGAACCGUGUUUGCCACCGACACCCACAUCACUUUUCUGGCUGUUACCGAGGAAACGACCCCCCUGGAGUUCAUGUGGUCAUUUGGAGAAGGUCCAGCCGUGAGGACAACGUCCAGAAGCAUUAAGAAAAGACUCAGCACCCCUCAGUGGUACAACGUGACGGUGUGGGCCACCAACGGGCUGGGCAGCGUGGCCUCGGAGCCCCACCGCAUCAGGACGCAGAGGAGAAUUGUUGUCAAUCGGCUCGUGUCCCCCUCCUCAGCUCUGCUGAACACCAGUGUGACAUUUGAGUUCAGGCUCAACUUCGGCACCGACGUCACUUUCCUCUGGGACUUUGGGGAUGGCAUCGUGGGCCCGGGGGACCAUUUAGCCAGUCACACCUAUAGCAGGGAAGGAGAGUUCACUGUCCAGGCCCUUGCCUUUAAUGACGUCAGCGCCGCCUCCCUGCGAAAGCAUCUGUUCAUUGUGCGGGAGCCCUGCCAGCCGCCCCCCGUGCGGAACAUGGGGCCUGGGAAGGUGCAGGUGUGGCGGUCUCAGCCUCUGACCCUGGCCGUGACAUUUGAGUCUGCAAUCCUCUGUGACAUCUCCCAAGGCCUCUCCUACACCUGGACCUUCUGGAACUCCCAGGGGUGGCCGGUGGCCCUGCCCCACACCGUCAGCACGCACAGGCAGACAGUCACUGUCCCCAGCUACUUCCUGGCGCCCGGCAACUACACUGCUCUUGCCAGGGUCCGGGUGGUAGGCAGCGUGGUGCACAGCAGCUACAGCGUGGCGGUGGAGGUGCGAGCCCGGGCCCCCGUCAGCGUCAUCUCCGAGGGCACGCACCUGUUCCUCUCCAGAGCCCCCUCGUUCCCCGUCGUCCUCACGGGCUCCCAGUCCUACGACCCAGACCACCCGGGGGCCGUCCUCAGCUAUCACUGGAAAUGCACCGUGGCCAGCAGCCCCGGGCACUCCUGCUUCGCCACCUCCUCGCCACACAGCCUGGAUGCCGGGGCUCCCUCCCUUGCCUUCCCUGCGGACUCUCUCAGCGACAGCUAUGAUCAGUUUGUCGUGACGCUGACGGUGUCCAGCGCCGGCCGGAAUUCUUCAGAGGCGCAGGUGUUCCUGUCUCCUCGCCCCGACUUGGUGCUCAGGUUCGUCCACAUCUCCUGGGUCAGCUUUAAGGACGUGUUUGUUAACUGGAACGAGGAGCUUUCUCUUCGAGCCGAGUGUGACGAGUGUGGUGAGGGGCACACCCUGUCUUACUCCUGGGACCUCUUCCUGGUCAACGCGACCGAAAGGACCCGAAUGGAAGUCCCCUCUUGCAGAACAGUGGGGCUGCUGGGCGCUGCUGGCCUGGGGGCGAUUUCGAAGCUGCCAGAGUCCAGUCCACCAUCCGCGAGGCCGAGCUGGCUGGAGCCCCACGCAAUGGGCACACUGUCUUCUCGGGAGCUGUCACCACAGACCCAGGCCCCGCCGGUCCUCUCAGCCACCAGGAAACCCUCCUCGGGGCCCACAGUCAGCAGGCACUGGGUUCCUGCUGUGGGUGACCGGCGUUCCCCAGGACCCAGCCCCCCUCGGAGGUUGUCCCCCCAGAGCCCGUCCCCCACCUCCUCUGGCUCUGACAGCUGCCUGUGCACAUGGCCUCCCUCGUCCCUUAUCCUUUGCAGCACCAGGCCCUUCACGACUUUGGGGAAGUCUGUGGCUUUCCGUGACAUGGCCUGUUUUUCCCCUCAUAUAGAUUUUGAAGCCUAUUACAGCGAUCUCCAAGAAGCCGUGCCACCCAGAGGGAGACAGCCCGCCGACUGGGCCGAUGCUAGCCUCCCGGGCGCAGGCCCGAGUUCGAAUCCUGAUGGAGGCCGCGGGGAUGGGGACAACCUGCUGGGCCCUUUGGACUCUCUGGCCACCGCCAGGCCCACUCUCCUUGUGGACUGGUCCAAGUCCCUGGUCAGCCGCGCUCGCUUCCACGGCUACACCUCCUCCGGUAUCACAGGACGCACGGUGACAAUAAAGCCGUUCUCACUGAGCCCCGGGGACACCUAUGUCCUACAAGCCUCUGUGGCUUCCCCGCACCACGUCCUGGGGAGGGCUCAGCUCUUCGUGACGUUCAAUCCGGCUCCAAGGGACGUGGCCUGCCAGGUGCAGCCACAUCACGGCCUCGAGGCUCGCACAAUCUUCGGCAUCUUCUGCAUGUCAGGGAGAUCGGACUUCCGUUACGAAUUUAGUUAUCGGAUAGGAAAUGCCUCCAAACGCACUCUGCACCGCGGGAGAGACAGCCAGUACUACUCCACACUGCCGGCCGGCGAGCCCUUGGACCAUUAUAAAGUCACAGUGUCCACUGUGAUCACAGAUGGCAUGGGCUCCCAGGCACCGCCGUGCACCGUGACAGUGACUGUCCUGCCCUGUUUCCAAGGGAAUCUCUGCCUGGAUGAGGACACCUAUAACUCCAGCCUGAAGCAUCUCUCCACCCUUCAGCUGAUGGGCAGCUACACAGAGAUCAGGAACUAUAUCACCAUGAUGACCAGGGUCCUGACUCGUUGGGCUGCAGAGGACAGAAGUCCCUCAUGUGGCCAGUGGUCACGAAUACAGGAUAUGCUGAUUUCUUCCACAUGCAGACUGCCUUUCGCAGAUCAGGAAGAAAUGAAUGAUUCCAUUUCCAUGUUAAGGGACCUCCUGCGCUUCCCUCAUAAGUUAAGUCUUACGAGUGUGGCUGUCAUCCUCAAAGCUGCCCGGGCGCUCCGGGCUCAGGGCCUGCUGCUGGGGAAACUCGCAGUGGAUGAGGGUCCGGUGCGUGAGCUCAUCCACCUCGUGUCCGAGGUCUUGGAAGCAAGUGACCGGGAGAAACCGAGGGCUGCGGGCUUCCUGCAAGAAGAGGGCAUCGAGGUCAUCUCAGAUCUCUUGUUGGAUGGGCUCUCUGCGAGCAAGGAGCGCUGGCUCCACGUCAGCGCCGGCCGGAUGGAGUUCCGCACGCUCCUCCAUCGUGACCUGCAGGGCUGCGUGCAGAGCCUAGGCUCCGACCGGGUGCAUUUACCUGCGGACCUGGCUGGACAGAGUCCUGCAGGAGCGGCAGCGCAGGGCCCGUGCUAUGUCAGCCAGCUCGUGCUCUUCAAGGAGAACCCGUUUCCAGGGGGCCUAGCUCCUGGUCAGAUUGGCCGGGUGAUCACCCCGUCCCUGUUUAGCUGCUCCAGCAGGAAACCCAUCCGCAGAUGGCGGCUACGGGAGCCCGUGACCGUGGAGUUUGGGGAAGACGAUGACCUGGAUAAUAGGAAUAAGACGACGUUUGUGCUGUUCCGGGAUAGAGUGAAUGUUCAUCAGAUCGUCGGGCAUUCCACAAAUGCCCAGGAAUCUCUGCACAUAAGGAUAGAAUUUUCUAGGCCCGUCUCGAGAGCUUUCCCGGUCAUGCUGCUGGUAAGGUUCUCCGAGCAGCCGACUCCUUCUGACUUCCUCGUGAAGAAGGUCUACGUCUGGGACGAGCAGACGGUGCACGUGUAUGUCCCUGCUGGUCCUCUGAGAGACACCCACUUGGGGUAUUUAUCCUUACUAGACGCUGACUACGACAGACGCCCUCCAAACAAACAUUUCGCACAGGCAGUGAACUACACGGUGUGUUUCCAGUGGGUGCAGUGCCUCUUCUGGGAAGAGAGGGAGUGGAAAUCUGCAGGCUUCUCUCCACGGCCAGGAACAUCUCCGGAGAAAGUGAGCUGCAGCUACGACCGCCUCGCGCCGGCAUCUGUUGCGAGAAGAAGCCUGAAUGCUACCUUUUCAAUGAGUGACGUUUCCAAGUGGCAGAGAUGCCCGGAGAACCUGCUUCCCAGCAUUUUGAUUGUCAUUUUUGCGGUGCUUUAUGCACUUCUGGUUACUAAAAGCAGACGUGAAGAUCGUCAGGAGAAGGAGAAAGCUGGUUACAUUUUUCUGCAAGAAGAUACUCCUCCCGGCCAUCAGCUGUAUGCAGUUGUCGUGGACACAGGCUUCCGGUCCCCCACCCGCUGCAGUGCCAAGGUUUACAUUGUUCUACGUGGUAAGAACGGGUCUUCAGAACCCAGAGAACUCUACUGUCCGGAGAAGCCCCUGUUCGAAAGGAAUUCCAGACACACUUUCGUCCUGAGCACCCCCGCUCUGCUGGGCCCACUCCGGGGUAUCCGCCUCUGGCACGAUAGCCGUGGGCCCUCCCCGGCCUGGUAUGUGAGCCACGUCAUGGUGGGAGAGCUGGGGCCUGGGCCCAGGAGGAGCUGGAUCUUCCCUGCCGAGUGCUGGCUGGCCGCGAGCAGGGAGGACGGCCGUGUGGAGCGGGAGCUGUGCUGCCUGUGCCGGGGCCUUGGCUUCUGGAAGCUCUUGUAUUCCAAGUUCACGGAGUACCUGGAGGAUUUCCACGUCUGGACCUCCGUGUGCAGCCGGCCGUCCCCCAGUGGCUUCCCGCACACCGCACGCCUCACUGUGGCCUUCGCCUUGCUGUGCGUGUACACCUGUCUCGCCGCCCUGCUCACAGUGGCAGGACCAGAGCAGCUCCCAUGGGUGCUCGGCACCCCCGAUGCCACUGCUGGGUCCUUCCAGACAGGGCUCCUGUGCACGCUGCUGGCUACUCCCGGGGCACAGCUCCUGUCACUGCUCCUGAGGCUCAGCCAGGAAACCAGCAGGCCGUCCCGUGCGCAGCCCUGCCUGCCCCUGAGAAGAGCGCCGGCCGAGGCAGAGGGCCCUCACUCCCGCGGGAGGACGGCAGACGCCCACAAGAUGCAAGAGGGUCAGGGUCCCUCGGGGCACGCCAGAGCCCACGGGAGGGCAGCAGGUGGCCAAAGUGCGGGCUGUCCAUCCCCAGAGCAGGGGGGCCGCAGAGCUGACCCCAGCCAGCAGGCUCCGAGGGAGAAGGGGAUCCACGGCAUUCUCCGUGUGCAAGCCCCCGACAGCGGGCUUGGAAGACUCGCUGCUCUCCGGUGGCUACGGGUGCUACUGCCUUGGUCAGCAUCCGCAGUGUGGGCCGUUUGUGGGAUGGUCUCCGUGGCCUGUGGUGUAGGGACAGCACUUCUAGGAUACAGGUUCGACCCAACUCAGUGUGUGCGCUGGCUGCACCUGCUGACGGUGUCCGUGCUGUGCUGUGUUUUCAUCACGCAGCCGCUUCUGGUGGGCAUCGCCGCCCUGGGCUUUGCCUGGAAAUGGAGAGACGAUGCACACUUCUUCACCGAGUCUCUGCACGCGGCCACCAGAGACCUGCACUCAGAGCCGGAGGAGCGUGCGAGGUCCCGCACGCCCCACCCUGCCAGCCAGAUGGCCGAGAUGCUGGCCGCUCGACAGCGAGCUCGCCGCCUACGUUGGGCACAUCCGCCAUCUGCGGCCCAGCUCAGCACCGUCAGAGAGAGGAUGAGAAGAGAGACCCGGACACGGGUGGCCCUGAGAGACACCUGCCUGUGCGCCCUCAUGCUCCUUCUGCGCGUGUUUAUACUCUGUGGGCAGCGCUCCCGGGAUGAACGUUCUCUCGGCCAAGCCAUCCGGAGUGAGUUUACGAGGGAAGCCGGGAGCGCCUCCGGAGGCCUGAGAAGUGUGGGGGACUGGUGGGACUGGAGUCUGACCACGCUGCUGGACGGCCUGCACGGGACAGGCGCCCCCACCGCCGGCCUGCCAGGUGCUCAGCCGGGAGCCCUUGGUGGGAAGUGCUACGUGCUGGGCGCCGUGCUGAUCCGGCAGCAGAGGGAGGCUUCCGGCGACACGGGCGAGCCUCCUGGCCCAGCUUCAGCGCUUACAGAGGACUGUCCUCCUCCACAUGGCCCCAAAGCUGGGGGCCCCAACGCCCCCUCUGCGACAGAUCCUGCCACCCAAACAGUGGCCCCAAGCGGCCCUGGAGACUGUGAGGCCAGGGAGUCCUGGGAGCUCAGCCUGGGCCACACCAGGCCGGCAGCGCAUGCAGCCCUGAGCGGCCUCCGGGCCCACGGGUGGAUCGACCACAGCACCAGAGCCGUGUCCGUGCACUUCACUCUCUACAACCCUCCCACUCGACUCCUGUCCAGUGUUUCCCUGCGCGCCGAGCUGCUGCCCACGGGGGACCUGGCCCUGUCCCCGCUGGUGCAGUCGCUGGCUGUCUUCGGCAGUGACUCGGCCCUGUGGUCCAGCCCCACGCUUCCCGAGCUGGCCUUCCUGCUGCUCAGCCUGACUCACGUCUGCUUGCAAGUCUGGAGCCUGGCCGAGGACGGCGUCCGCAGAUACUGGCGCAAACCAGGGAACUGGCUGGAGCUUGCCAUCCUGGGAGCCAACCUCACCUGCCACGCAGCCUCCAGCCACCUGGCCACGCUCACUGAGGACGUGAUGGACCACUUCCGCAGAGGACAUUUCCAAGGAUUUACGGACCUCAGCCUCGCAGCCUCGUGGAAUCAGAGGGUGACCUGGCUCCAGGGGACCCUUUUGUUCCUCUUGACACUGAAGCUCGCCUUCCUCGUUGGCAUCCAGAGCUCAACGGCCUGCUGCUCCCUUUUGCUGCGUCGCUCGCGGGCUGGCAUCUGCACAGCAGGGCUGGUGGGUGUCCUGAUGCUGGCUGCCCGCUGCCACCUGCGCACGGUACCGCCCGGCACCUUCACAGACUUCUCCCGAGACCUGCUAUUCCAUCUUCCAGGAAGAAGCCAGACACACACAUCCCGUGGUCCUUCCGAGUCUGACCUGUGGGCCCCAGCUGGGUGCUGCGGGGCCCUUUUCAUAGCAGUGAGCACUGUGUGGUGGGGAAUGCUCAGAGGGUCCCUCGCGACUCUUGCUCAAAAAAGGAAAUCUUUUCAAAGCCAGUCACUCGUGAGCCUGGCCGACCUGACUGCCUAUGUGUGGGGGGCAGUCCUGGCCCGGUUGGAAGCGUGGAAGCCACCGCAGGAAGAGGCUGACGUGGCCAUGAGGCGUAAUCACUACCUGGAUGAGGUCUCUGAUCUUCUGGACGAGCUCCUGUGGAAGAUUCACGGUUUGUCCGACAGGCCCCAGCGUCCUCUUCCGCGGCAGCGGUCCGGGGAUACAGGAGGGGCCGGGCCAGGAGGCCAUCCCUUGGGGGGUGUCUCUGCCUAAUGAGCCACUGGGGCACAGAGGGUGGACGGCAGCCCAGUGCCCCACCAGGGUGCUCUCGAAUCCCUGCCGACAUCCGGGCUUUACAAGGGCAAGAGCCAAGCUUCCAGGAAGGCGCCUAUGAUCCCGGUUCCCACAAGUGUAUGGAAAGCGAAGUCACAGUCAAGGUCUGUCUGCCGCUAGACCAUCCCUCAAAACUCCCUUCCCAACAGUUCACGUCGGGAUAAGUUUCCAGCUCUGCCGUUUUCCAGACAGUUCCUUUCCCAGCUGCCCUGGAACUACAGGUUGCUGUAUUUGUUUGCUUUUCUGUUUUACUGAAUCCGUCCCGGUAUCAGAAGACUCUCGUCUUAUUUUGUGAAGUUUCUCUUCCUGCUGCUGAGUCUCCGUUUCUGUAAGUUAACACAUAAAUCUAAAACAUGCAAUGAAUGGACGGGGAUGGGACCUCCUGGGUGGCUCGGACUCUUGAUUUCUGCUCAGGUCAUGGUCUCAGGGCGGUGAGAUCGAGCCCCCCAACCGGGCUCCCCUCUCAGGAGAUUUGCUCGGAAUGCUCUCUCUCCAUCUCCCUCUGUCCCUCCUGCCCUGCUCCCUCUCAAAGAAAGAAAGAGAGAGAGAUAAAAAGAGAAAUAGAAAAAGAAAAAGAAGAACAAUUGGAUCAGGAUGGGAUUUUGAUUUUUAAAUAGGGUUUUUGAAAUACAGUCCUCAUGUUGUAAAGGUAGCAAUUGAAUCUUGCUAGAUUAAUGGCUAUCAUUUUUGUGACUUACUAAUUCAAUAUAAAAUGAUAAUUCAAGCAGAACCUUUGAAGUUGGCUGGGUUGCUAUUUUGAACGCAUUUAAAAACCUCCAUGCUCUUUUUGCAGCUUCCUGGGGUACAAAAAAAAAAGAAAAGAAAUUUGAGGUGAUGACAUUGUGGUGAUCAUUUGCGACAUGUAUAAAUGUCAAAUCAUCGCACUUUACACCUGCAACUAAUGUAAUGUUAUGUGGCAAUUAUGUCAAUAAAAACAUUACAGUGGGGCACCCGGGUGGUUCAAUGGGCUAAGCCUCUGCCUUCGGCUCAGGUCAUGAUCUCAGGGUCCUGGGAUCGAGCCCCACAUCAGGCUCUCUGCUCAGCGGGGAGCCUGCUUUCUCCUCUCUCUCUGCCUGCCUCUCUACCUACU